AUGCUGUCACGAAGCUCUCUCCGGACCGCCCAGGUCCUUCGCGCCGCUGCCCAGCCCCAGCAGCUCAGCCGAUCCUUCGCCACCGUCCAGUCCGACAUCUUCAAGCCUGCCAAGUUUGGCGGCAAGUACACCGUCACCCUGAUUCCUGGAGAUGGCAUCGGUGGAGAGGUUGCCGAGUCCGUCAAGACCAUCUUCAAGGCCGACAACGUGCCUGUCGAGUGGGAGCAGAUCGAGGUGUCUGGUGUCGAGGAGAGCGCGCUGCGAACCGAGGAGGCCUUCCGCGAGAGCGUGGCCUCGCUCAAGCGCAACAAGCUCGGCCUCAAGGGCAUCCUGCACACGCCCGUCAGCCGCUCCGGCCACCAGAGCUUCAACGUGGCCAUGCGCCAGGAGCUGGACAUUUACGCCAGCAUCUCGCUGAUCAAGAACAUCCCCGGCUACGAGACCCGCCACAAGGACGUCGACCUGUGCAUCAUCCGUGAGAACACCGAGGGCGAGUACUCUGGCCUCGAGCACCAGAGCGUCCCCGGCGUCGUCGAGUCCCUCAAGAUCAUCACCCGCGCCAAGUCGGAGCGCAUCGCCAAGUUCGCCUUCGCCUUUGCCCUCGCCAACGGCCGCAAGAAGGUCACCUGCAUCCACAAGGCCAACAUCAUGAAGCUGGCCGACGGUCUCUUCCGCAGCACCUUCCACCAGACCGCCAAGGAGUACCCGACCCUCGAGGUCAACGACAUGAUUGUCGACAACGCCUCCAUGCAGGCCGUCUCCCGCCCCCAGCAGUUCGACGUCAUGGUCAUGCCCAACCUGUACGGCGGCAUUCUGUCCAACAUUGGCGCCGCCCUGGUCGGUGGCCCUGGCAUCGUCCCCGGCUGCAACAUGGGCCGUGAGGUUGCCGUCUUCGAGCCCGGCUGCCGUCACGUCGGUCUGGAUAUCAAGGGCAAGGACCAGGCCAACCCCACUGCCAUGAUUCUCAGCGGCAGCAUGCUCCUGAGACACCUCGGCCUCGACGACCACGCCAACCGCAUCUCCAAGGCUGUCUACGGUGUUAUCGCCGAGGGCAAGGUUCGCACACGGGAUAUGGGCGGUGAGUCGACAACACACGAGUUCACCAAGGCCAUCCUCGACAAGAUGGAGACCAUCUAA